AUGGAUCGUAGUUGGAUGUACGAUAGAGUAUAUUCUAAUAGACACGGAUUGAAAGAAGAGUAUGUUCGCGGGGGUAAAGACUUCGUAAAGAGGGCUUUGAAACAACCUAUUUGUAAAUCUGAGGGAGGGAUAAGGUGUCCGUGUAUAAAUUGCAAGUGUCUCAAGAUAAGAACACCAACUAAUGUUAGACUUCACUUGUAUCGAGAUGGAUUUCAACCAGACUAUUGGAUUUGGACUCAACAUGGAGAAGUAGAGCUCAAUGUUAAUAUAAGGGAUGAUUCAAAUAGUAGUGAGCAUGUACAUCAUGAUGACCAAAUUGAGGCAAUGAAUCAGAUGAUGUAUGAGGCUUUUAGGCCUUAUGGAGUAUUCUCUCACGUGAAUGAUAACAUAGAAGAUGAGGAAUAUACGGAGGAUGAGUUUCCCAACGAAGAUGCCAGACGAUUUUAUGACAAGUUGAUAUCUUUCAACAAGCCCAUUUAUGAGGGAGCUACCCAAUCAAUAUUAUCAAUAUCUACUCAACUUCUUAAAAUUAGGUCUAAUUGGCAUGUUCCACAAAAAGGUUUAGAUUUUGUUGCACAAAUGCUUAAAAGUUUAUGUCCAGUUCAAAAAUGCUUGCCCGAGAACUAUUACCAAGCAACACAGUUGGUAUAUAAGUUAGGGCUAAAGGUUGAGAAGAUCGAUUGUUGUAAGAAUGGUUGUAUGUUAUAUUACAAGGAUGAUAGCAAGUUAUCAGAGUGCAAAUUUUGUAAUGCUCCUAGGUUUAUUCCUCGCAAGACUGGCAUGGGAAAGUACAAAGAUAUCCCAGUGAAGAGAAUGUUCUACUUCCCAAUCAUUUCCAGAUUACAAAGAUUGUAUGCAUCAACUGAGUCGGCAACUGAAAUGAGAUGGCAUCACAUGAACAAAAAUAGUUCCAACAUCCUUCGCCACCCAUCAUAUGGAAAAUCAUGGAAAUACUUUGAUGGUGUAUAUCCUGACUUUUCUAGGGAACCCAGAAAUGUAAGGUUGGGUCUGUGCUCAGAUGGUUUUACUCCUUACAUUCAAGCGUUUGCUUCUCCAUACUCAUGUUGGCCAAUAAUAGUUACUCCGUAUAAUCUCCCCCCUGAAAUGUGCAUGACCAAACCAUACUUGUUUUUGGCAUGUCUCAUACCCGAACCUACAAACCCUAAAUUAAAGAUAGAUGUCUACUUGCAACCAUUCAUUUAUGAUCUACAUUGA